AUUACGUAUUCGCGAGCGAGCAAGUCUCUCUAUACUAUUUUUAGUCAAUGUCUCUACGUUAGUGUCGGUUCUGGUCGGUUAUUAAAGUGUAUAAGACGAACACAAAUGUAAACAAACUUACAAACAUCAAUCAAUCAUUGGUAGUACGAACGAACAAGCCAUAGUUAAUAAAAACGUAACAUAAAAUUUAGCUCACUAUAAAAUAGUGAGAUAACUUGUUAAAAAUGUCAUACUCUCCAAAGGAUUUAACUGAUUUUACUAGCUUAGCUGAACUAGCAGGGAUUCAAGCAGGUCCUGGUAUUUUGGGAAUUUUAAUCCAACUGCUGUCUCUCCAAGUAUCUCCGGAGGAUAUAUACGUCUUACUGAAGCAAAUAUCUCCUGUAUUUCAACAAAAAAAGAAAACCCAAAAUUGAGGAUAAAAGUAACCAAAAAAAGCAAGUAGCUGCACCAUAGGCAUUACAUGUAUUGCCUGAGCCAUGCUCGGUGUUUUAUUUUUGAAUGCUACCAAUGCUCAGGUCAAGGCCCAUGCAGGCUAUCUUCCUUAUGAGAUAACUUGAGCCAACUUGCGAUUGUGUCUCAAUAAGUACUCACAACACCAUACACCACUGAAGGCACAGUUUGUGAUUAUUAUGUAUGCAGGCAUGGUUUUAAACACCCUUAACAGAUCCUUAUUACAAACACUAAAUUAUAAAAAUAUUUGCUUUAUUAGAAAGGUUUGAUCAUGCAAAAUUCAACUUUCAGUAUCGUUAUUUCAACAUUAACAUCUAUCUUUAAUAAAUAAUCAUUCGAUUGUCUUCUUUAUAAACA